ACACGUAGUUAGCCUCAACUUUUGACUCUAACGUUGUUCACACGGUUUCUUCCUUUUUCACAAUGCAAAUGCAUUGCGACAAUCUAUCUUCCAAACUUCUCGUCCUUUGCUUUCUUGUCCACACUUCCAAUGAUGUACACAUUUUCUAGCAUUUCAAGCCCCAUCUCCUGCAAACAACAGAAACAAUCUAUUGCUUCUUCCAACUUCAAUCAAUGUCUCUUGCAUCAUUUUUUCUUGUCUUCCUUUGUUGUCAUGCACUUCCUUCUCUUGCUGAUCCAAGAGAGACAGAGGCAGCUGUGUUGUGCACCAACACCACAGCACCAACGCCUCUGAGACAAGCUUUCUUAGAAAACUUUUAUGAUGCUUUGGAUGCCUUAACCAGUGAGGUCACAAGGCAAAGAUAUGCACUUAUAGUUAGAGGAUCUACUCAAAGUAAUGCCACUGUCUAUGCCUUUGGUGAGUGCAUGAAAGAUCUUUCUAUUCCAGAUUGUGGUGUCUGCUUUGCUCAGUGCAAGACAAGUGUCCUUAAGUGCUUUCCAAUUCAGAGAGGGGUUAAUGGUGGCAGGCUCUUCUUUGAUGGGUGCUAUCUUAGGUAUGAUGGCUACAACUUCUUCAAUGAGAGUGUGAGUCCUAAGGACAUGACUGUUUGUGGAAAUGAAGAUUUUAGAGGGAAUUGGAGUGUUUACAAGGCCAAUACUUUGGAGUUGGUGAGAAAUUUGAGCGUUGAAGCACCAAAGAAUGAAGGGUUCUUUGUGGGGUAUGUGAGUAGAAGGAAUGUGACUGUUUAUGGGUUGGCUCAAUGCUGGAAGUAUGUCAAUGCCACUGCUUGUCAGAAUUGUUUGGCUAAAGCUGCCACUAGGAUUGAUUCUUGUGCUUCAAAAGGAGAAGGAAAGGCAUUGAAUGCAGGGUGCUACUUGAGGUAUUCCACACGCAAUUUCUAUAUUAGUUCAAGCCACAAUAACCCUCAAGAAAAAAAAGGAAAUAAAAAUCUUGCUAUAAUUGUGGCUGCAUCAUCUGCUUCCGUGGCUCUUCUGCUGAUUGUUACAACUGUGAUUUUCUUUGUAAGGAAAAAUGUACUGAAGCGGAGGAGAGAAAGAAGACAAUUUGGUGUACUUUUGGAAUCGGUGAACAAGUCCAAACUAAAUAUGCCAUAUGAAAUUCUUGAGAAAGCCACUGAUUACUUCAGUGAUUCCAAUAAGCUAGGAGAAGGGGGAUCAGGAUCAGUUUAUAAAGGAGCUCUGCCAGAUGGUACUACCGUGGCUAUAAAAAGGCUUAGCUUUAACACAACACAAUGGGCAGAUCAUUUCUUCAAUGAGGUCAAUUUGAUCAGUCGCAUUCAUCACAAAAAUCUAGUGAAGCUUUUAGGAUGCAGCAUUACAGGACCUGAAAGCCUUCUUGUUUAUGAAUUUGUGCCUAAUCAUAGCCUCUAUGAUCACCUAUCUGGUAGAAUGAAUACUCAACAAUUAACAUGGGAAAUCAGGCAUAAAAUCAUAUUGGGAACGGCAGAGGGCUUGGCCUAUCUUCAUGAGGAAUCACAGAGAAUCAUUCAUAGAGAUAUAAAAUUAGGCAACAUUCUCAUUGAUGACAACUUCACACCUAAGAUUGCUGAUUUUGGACUAGCUAGAUUAUUUCCAGAAGACAAGUCUCAUCUUAGCACAGCCAUUUGUGGCACACUGGGUUAUAUGGCUCCAGAAUAUGUAGUUCUAGGAAAGUUAACUGAGAAAGCAGAUGUCUACAGUUUUGGCGUUCUAAUUAUGGAAAUUAUAUCUGGCAAAAAGAGCACAUCCUUCGUUCAAACUUCAUAUUCCAUUCUACACACGGUUUGGAGCCUUUAUGGAUCAAACAGGUUAUGUGACAUUGUUGAUCCAAUCUUAGAGGGAAAUUAUCCGGUAGAGGAAGCAUGCAAACUCCUUAAGAUAGGGUUGCUUUGUGCACAAGCAUCUGCAGAGCUUAGACCACCCAUGUCAGUAGUUGUGAAAAUGAUUAACAACAAUCAUGAAAUUUGUGAGCCAACACAACCACCAUUUCUGAAUUGUGGUAGUGCAGAAUUCAGUAAAUCUAUUUUACAAGGAGAGAGUUUUGUGGGUAGCCCUAGAUCCUGUUCCCAGUCUUCAGAGGACAGCAUGACCGAAAAUCUGAUUGAGCAUAAAUGGGUUACAAUAUAAAUUCGAACUAAUAAUAUACCAUUCCAUAACAUUUUCUCCUCACGCCUUGUACAUAUUUAAUGGGAAGGUGCUUGAUAUGCUUUUUCAUA